GUUGCAUCGAAUCGAAAGAUAACCGGAUAAACUUAUUAUUAUUAUUUUAAUUUUCUACCCGGAUCUUUUAUAAACUUCCAAGUUUCAAGCUGAUGAUCGAUUUCAUUUGGGAAUAUUAAUAAAUCAACAAAAAUCGAAAACAAUGCCAGUGAGAGUCGCGGAGAGCUCUGCACCUUCUCAAGUUUCAGGUACAAAUUCUGGACAUACUUCAUCCCCAGCUUAUACACUUUUGAGUGUUGGACAGGCAUUUUCUGGUACUCAAAAUGUUUCGAGUUUACAAAAGGAGGAAGCUUGGAGAGUUAAUGUCCGAAUACAAGGAUGUGAUCUGGAACAUGGGUAUCUUUGCGGAACUAUGGAAGCUCUAAAUGUUCCUAUGGCCGAUACACCAAUUGUUGUAACCUUUUGGGAAGGGGAGAUUGUUGAUACAAAGAAUUAUACUUUCUACACUGGCAAGUGGGAAGCGUCGCCAGAGGAUGAUAAAAGGCAUUGGACAAAGUUUCCAUCAUUUACUCCACUCCUGAGUCAAGUAGAGAAUGAUGGUGGGAAAUCUUUGGACCUGAGUAAUUAUCCAUACAUAUUUAUGAGAUGGAAAGAGCAAUACUUUGUAAAUGUUGGAACAGACUGUGGUCUAACCAUAGCUGGGUUUUACUAUGUUUGCUUCUCUUGUAGCGAUGGUUCUAUCAAUGGCUUCUAUUACGAUCCUAAUAGCAGGUAUCUGUAUUUCUUCUUGGUGUUCUAUAUUUUUGUUAAUUAACUACUAUUUAACUCUUUUCUCAUUCUCCAACUAAUAAGGCAAACCUGUAACUAUGGCAAAUGCUUAUCUCUUUUCGUUGAAGACCAGAAUAUUCAAUUAACUAGAUUAUACGAUAUCAAUUUGCCUUGU